AUGCGGUCUCUGGGGUUUCUCUUCGCCUCGGCGACCGUGGCUUCAGUUGUGUGUUUGUCUGUACUAGGAGAUCCCAACGGACCCCGAAGAGCCCGUGAAGCCCUAGAUCGUCGCCAACAUGAUUCCGCUUCUAAAGCUACCGAGGAAUUUUUGAGCAAAUUUUAUCUCGAUGAUAGUGAUGGCUUCAUGACGACGGAUUUUGGCACUCGUAUUAGUGAACAAAUUUCCCUGAAGGCUGGUGGGUCCAGAGGCCCGACCUUGCUUGAGGAUUUCAUCUUCCGGCAAAAGCUCACGCGUUUUGACCAUGAGCGUAUUCCUGAGCGCGUCGUUCACGCACGAGGGAUUGGUGCCCAUGGUGAAUUUACCUCCUACGGGGACUGGUCCAACAUCACGGCCGCUUCUUUCUUAUCCGCCGCGGGCAAAAAAACUCCGGUAUUUGUGCGGUUUUCUACAGUCGCCGGGAGCAGAGGUAGUGCCGACACUGCUCGCGAUGUUCAUGGUUUUGCUACCCGCUUUUAUACAGACGAAGGGAAUUUUGAUCUUGUUGGGAAUAACAUCCCCGUCUUUUUCAUUCAAGACGCCAUUCAGUUCCCUGAUUUGAUCCACGCUGUUAAACCGCGGCCCGACAGUGAAAUUCCUCAAGCAGCGACUGCUCAUGAUUCAGCGUGGGAUUUUUUCAGCCAGCAGCCCAGUGCUCUACAUGCAGUUAUGUGGGUGAUGUCUGGAAAUGGAAUUCCUCGCUCAAUGCGCCAUGUGGAUGGGUUCGGUGUUCAUACAUUCCGAUUUCUCACAGAAGAUGCCAAGGUUGUUUUCGUUAGGUUCCGUUGGAGAAAUCUCCAAGGAAAAGCCGCUUUGGUCUGGGAAGAGGCACAGGCAAUUGCAGGAAAAAAUCCUGAUUACCAUAGAAAGGAUCUUUGGGACUCUAUCUCAGCUGGACGGUUUCCCGAGUGGGAGUUGGAUCUCCAACUGUUCCAUGAAGAGGACCUACUAAAGCACGGGUUCGACUUGCUCGAUCCGACCAAAUAUCUCUCAGAAGAAAUGGUCCCCUUCACGACAGUUGGCAAGAUGACCCUGAAUCGAAAUCCGAUUAAUUACUUUGCCGAAACUGAACAAGUUGGGUUCCAACCAGGACAUGUCGUUCGUGGCAUCGACUUCUCCGAAGACCCCUUACUUCAAGGACGUGUGUUCUCCUACCUAGACACCCAGCUGAACCGUCACAACGGUCCAAACUUUGAACAAGUCCCAAUCAACAGACCUCGCACCGAAAUCCAUAACAACAACCGCGACGGCACUGGCCAGAUGUUCAUUCAUAAAAACAAAUAUCACUACACCCCAAACACACUGAACAAUGGAAAUCCCAAACAAGCCAACCAAACGGUCGGCAAAGGUUUCUUCACGGACCCUCACCGCACGGUAAAUGGUCCGCUGGUGCGAGAGAUCAGCCAAUCCUUUAUGGACCACUGGACCCAUCCGCGCCUUUUCUUGAACUCGCUCACCGCGGUCGAACGGCAAUUUGUUAUCGAUGCCGUAUGUUUCCAGACAUCGAACGUAAUGAGCGAAGGCGUGCGCCAAAAUGUCAUCUUCCACCUAAACCUCAUCGAUCACGACCUAGCCGUGAAAGUUGCGCAGUUCAUUGGCAUUAAAAUACCGAAACCCGAUCCAACCUUCUACCACGACAAGAAGACUACACGACUCGGAACGUUUGGCACCAAUUUGAAUAAAUUGGAUGGGUUGCAAGUCGCUGUUCUCAUAUCCGGUGAACAGAAGUCGCUCGACGCAGCACAUCAGCUACAAGCCUUGUUUAAAAAAUUACAUUCUGGUAUUGAUGUCGUAAUAAUCGGGCCUACCUACAAUCCCAAAGCUGGUAUCGUGUCGACAUAUGCCGGUGCAGACGCAUCCCUUUACGACGCUAUAGUUGCCCUGGAAGGCUUUCCUGGCCCCAAGUCUGGCCUGUAUCCCCCCGGAAGGCCGCAACAGCUCCUCAUCGACGCCUAUCGAUAUGGAAAGACGGUUGGGGUAGUCGGCAGCAACGGUGAUCAAAUUGUUAAGAGUGUUCAUGAUGCUAGUGGCAUGGCUACAAACAACCAGAUGCCGUCAGGUGUGUUUGUCUCGCAUGCUGCUGAUGAGGCGUUCGUGAAAAAACUCAUUGAGGGGUUGUACGUGUUCAAGUGGUUGGACCGUUUCCAUGUUAGCCCUAUGAUUAAGUAUUAG